AUGACCAAGAACAGAUUCGAAGAGAUUAGUCAGUACCUUCAUUUUAACGAUUCUUCUCAAGAACCACCACGCAGUGACGAUAAUUAUGACCAAUUAUUCAAAGUGUGUCCAAUCAUCGAUAACAUUUUGGAGAAAAUUCAAAAUGUUUAUGAGCCGUCGAAAAACCUUUCAAUUGACGAGGGAAUGAUAGCAUUUAAAGGAAGGCUAUCAUUCCACCAGUACAUGCCCGCUAAACCAAUGAAAUAUGGCAUCAAAGUUUGGAUGGCGGCAGAUUCGAGCAAUGGCUACAUGUCGAAUUUUUCUGUUUACCUUGGACAAGAGGCAAAUGGACAUCGCAUUCAUGGCCUUGGGUAUGAUGUCGUGAUGAAAAUGGCAACUCCUUUCCUAAAUAAAAACAGGCACAUAUUUUUUGACAAUUUCUUUUCAAGUUCUUUUCUCUUUGAUUGUCUUCUUGCUCAGAACACCUAUGCAUGUGGAACUGUUUGCUGCAACAGGAAGGACUUGCCGCCAUGUGCGAUACGAAAGCUUACACAAGGAGACAUUGCAACUGCACAGCAUGGCCUUCUAGUAUUCACUAAAUGGCAUGACAAGCAAGAAAUUUCUUUCUUAUCGAAAAAUGUUUCCCACAGUGAACCCUCCCGACCAGUGCAACAAAAGAAAAAAGGCAAUGUUAUUGAAAUUCAAAAGCCGCAAGUUGCCCAUGUUUACACCGCUUUCAUGGGAGGAGUUGAUCACGCAGAUCAGCUUCGCUCAUUCUACUAUGCAGGCUGGCAAUCAUGA